UGGUUUUCCUGCCGCCGUGUCAGCAGUCUCUGAUCAUCCCCUGUACUGUGUCCGCAGUCUCUGGUCAUCCCCUGUACUGUGUCCGCAGUCUCUGGUCAUCUUCUUUACUGUGUCCGCAGUCUCUGGUCCUCUCCUGUACUGUGUCCGCAGUCUCUGGUCAUCUCCUAUACUGUGUCUGCAGUCUCUGGUCAUCCCCUGUAGUGUGUCUGCAGUCUUUGGUCAUCCCCUGUAGUAUGCCUGCAGUCUUUGGUCAUCUCCUGUAGUAUGUCCGCAGUCUCUGGUCAUCUCCUGUACUGUGUCCGCAGUCUCUGGUCAUCUUCUGUACUGUGUCCGCAGUCUCUGGUCAUCUCCUGUACUGUGUCCGCAGUCUCUGGUCAUCUCCUGUACUGUGUCCGCAGUCUCUGGUCAUCUCCUGUACUGUGUCCGCAGUCUCUGGUCAUCUCCUGUACUGUGUCCGCAGUCUCUGGUCAUCUCCUGUACUGUGUCCGCAGU